GCAAAGUAUUCUAUUUUCUAGUGAAUCGAGUGAUGGAUAGAGAAGCGGGAGAGUUAUAUUUUCUGGAUGCCUUCGGAAUCGUGGGAGAGGCGUGGAAAAUCGUGGGUCGUAAGGCGAAACUCUUAGGAGCUAUUACUCUUACCCUUCUGUUUCCUCUUUCCUUUGUAAUCCAUGGCUACAGUUUAUUCUCAGGGCCCCUCACCAACAAAAUCAUGAUGAACGAUUCAUUAUUCGGAAUAGAGGCAGGCAGUCCUGCGGCAGAAAGCGUGAACCACAGCUUGCACCUGCAAAUUGCUGAGCUUUUACUCAUGACGCUGUGUACCUAACCCUAGUUUUUGUCUUCUCUCUGCUGUCUAGGUCGGCAGUGGUGUACACGGUGGCAGCCAUCUACGCAGGCAAAGAAUUGACCUACACAAAGGUUAUGAGCAUGAUACCCAGGGUAUGGAAGAGCCUCAUCCUCACAUUUCUCUGGGUUUUGCUUAUUGUGUUUCUAUCCUAUGUGGUCAUCGUGGGUGCCCUGUUUUUCUGGUUCCUGAUAUAUGGAGCGGUUGGAUUGAAGAAAGAGACCCUUAUCGUUGGGGUGUUCCUUAUUUUCAUCGUUGCUUUUCCUUUCUACGUAUACAUCACCUUGUUGUGGCAGCUUGCCAGCGUGGUGUGUGUGGUGGAGGAUAAACAAGGAUUGAGCGCCGUGAAGACGAGCAAACAACUCAUGAAAGGAAAGCGGGACACGGCGUUGACGCUGAAUAUUUUGUACGGGCUUUUCAUGGUCGUUAUUGGUGGUGUUCAGAGCUAUUCAGUUUAUGAGAAGGGGCAGCAGGUGAUGAGCGUGGGCAUUAUUGCGGCGCUGGUGUUGUUGCAGUGUGUUGCUGAUUUAGGAUGGCUGCUCACUCAUGCUGUGCUUUAUUUUGUCUGCAAAUCCUGUCACCGCGAGGAUAUAGAUUUCAAGGCUUUGUCCAAUCAUUUGGAGAUGUAUAAUGGAGGCUAUAUGCUUCUCAGGGAUGCGUCUAUGGAGUUCGAGAUGCUUAACCCGUAGAGGUUGUUAGAAAAAAUAAUCUGUGUUAGAAUUAUCCAGUAGUACAGUCUUUUAAACAAAAUCUAGGAUACAAUAACUCAGAAAUUAGAAUAUUUCUGAUUAAGGAACGCUAUAGAUAUAGGAA